AUGGCAAUCCAUCCCAGUUUCCCAUCGCAAGCGGACGUCGGGGGGCCGUUGUCUUCACAGCAGGCGCAGGCGAUAUCGGCUUGGACAGAACAGGCUGCUGCUUCUUUGGGGGAUUUGAGAAUUACGGACUCAACGCCGAGGAGCGAAGGAACCGCUGCGCUACGGGGAACGUCUGUCUCGUUGUCAAUUCCUCUGGAUGACCAUUUUCCGGCUACAGAUGCUAGCCCUAACCCGAGAGUUAGAAUCGUGGAUCAAAACCCAGAGGAGUCCCGAAAGGUGCCGGCCAUCACCUUCCGACGUCGCGAACCGCUCCGUCGGGACAGUUUGAAAAGACGCGAGGCUCUGUUGAAGGGAAAGGAUGGCAGUCGUCGCAGACAACGCUGGGAGAAUGAUCGCCUCUUGCAUAACCCAUGGGCCGAACCGCCAUCCUCUAGGGACUGGAUGCCACAUCCCACUCACACCCGUCAUGAACCUAUGCCAUACUUCCUGGCGCCGCUUUGGGAUAAGCAUUAUGCGCACCUUGAUCGUGCACCCAAGCAGGGACAAGACGCAAAAGCCGAAAGAUAUCAUAUUCCGAAAGAACUUCGCUUGAAGCUGAAGCAAGCUCGUGCUGCACGUGGUAUGCUGCAGGACCUGGAAGAAGAUAUUAGGCAGUUCAUUGAACGGUGGAACCAGAGACAACUGGUACGCCAGAAAGACGGUCUUGCCGAUGCACCGUCGUCGUCCGACGAAGACUCGGAAGACGAAGUCGUCUUUGUGGGACGAAACGGACAGACGCAUGACUCGCCUGAUCGCCGAACAAAGCUGCAAAGUAUGCGCGAGACGAUGAGUUCGUACAAUGAGCGUGACGGUGAGAAGAUGGUGUUUGAGAGUCUUGUCGAUGACCGCGCAGCUGGAUUUGGUCGCUGGCUCGUCCAUUCUAUUGCCUCCUACUACGGUCUCCACACAUGGUCUGUCACUGUUGGAAGCCCCGCUCGACGAGAAGCCUAUGUUGGAUUUUACCCACCUUCUUCAGGAAGUCGCGCUGGCUUGCUUUCGCAUCCACCUAAAGGCUGCCGUGAGGAAACAACGAUCCAGCCAGGAGAGAAACUGCCGAGACCGCUGUGGUCACAGGUAUGA